UAUGCUGCAGUGGAGGAGCAGGGUGGAGUGAUCGUGCCCAGUGGAGUGGGAAACACGGAGGCAGCACCGUCAAGGGCCGCCCGGACGGAGGCAAAAAGAAAAGACCGGCGGCAGAGUAGAGAAGAAGUGAGGUCGAUGUAUGGCCGCUGCAGAAAAGAAAACAAAGCUUGUGUUGUUGUUUGUUUGUUUGUUUGUUUGUUUUUUUUUUUAUUUUUUUAUUUGUGUAUAGAAAUGUGAUGGGGGUGAAUUCCCUGUCAUGAAUAAAACGAUGUGUGGUGUGUUUUGGUUUAUGAUUUGUGUUUUUUUUUUUUUUUUUUUUUUAAAUAGAUAUGUGAUAAAAUAAAUGAAAUUAUAAAAUCAAUGGGGAACAGGUUGGCAGAAGAAAAGUUUAAAAGAAAUGAUGGGAAAUAUUAAAAGAAAUGUGGGAGAAAUGAUGAGUGUAAUGUGAUGAUGAUAAAAGAAAAUAAAAAUCAGGAAGAGACAUGCCACGUGAGUUGAAGAAUAAAAAAUAAAAAAGGAAAAGGUUGAAAGAUUAAAAAACCAGAGGUGCAUGUGUGAGUGUGUGGGUCUCUUGUUUAUUUAUUUAUUCUUCCAAAACUGAAGAGAGAGGGAUAUUGAGUGGGUGCAUGAUGAUGAUGUUGGGUCCAUGGAGAGAGAAAGAGAGAUUGCCCUCCUUGAGUUUGAUCUAGCCAGAUCCAGAUCCAGAACAGGUACCGAAAGCUGAAGGAGAGAAGACGUGGUUGGUCUGACGGUAGCGGAGAACAGUGAGGGCGCCGCCGGGACAGUAGGGGACGGCCCAACCCAACAACUGGUGGGUCGCGAAGGAAUUAUGCCGAGGAAAGGAAUGAGAAGCCUUUUCUUUACCACGAAGGCGUCACCAUCGUCUUCAAUUUCACACUACCCUUCCCCUAGACUCAGCUUUUUCCGAAUCAGUCAUGGACCGAACUCUCGCCGUCGCCGACUCCAUGAUCAUGAAAUGGAAUCCGGAUACUUCGACUUACGCAAAAGUCACAUCUCUCUUCUACGAGAACCGGAGAGAAGCUGCAGAAGGCAUCAAGUGCGUUAACAAUUUGCAGAAAUCUAUGCACUUGUUGGUCAUGGAGGACGCGAGUUCUGAAAAACUGGUACGCGGUCAGAACCUGAUGGAGAUUGCGAUGAAGCGGCUUCAGAAGGAGUUUUAUCAGAUUCUGUCGAUGAAUCGAGCUCAUUUGGAUCCUGAAUCUGUCUCGGCUAGAUCAUCGCUUGCCUCGACGAGAUCUAGCGUGUCUGAUUAUGAGGAUGAUGAUGCGCCUGAGGAUGAGAUUCGGAUCGCAGCUAAUGCUAUUGAAGAAGGUGAGCAUGAAUCCACUGUUGCGAUGACUGAUCUGAGAUCAAUUGCGGAGUGUAUGAUAUCAUCUGGAUAUGGAAAAGAAUGCGUGAAGAUAUAUAAGAUUAUACGAAAACCGAUAGUCGAUGAAGGUAUAUAUCGACUCGGAGUUGAGAAAUUGAGCUCUUCGAAGAUUCAUAAGAUGGAUUGGGAGAUGUUGGAGAUGAAAAUCAACAAUUGGUUGAAUGUAUGUGUAGAGGUCCGGCGGGCGGCCAAGGCGAGGCUGCCGCCCGCCGGUGAAGCGGAAUUACUAGUUUCUCAACCUUGCUCUGAUACCAUGUAAGAUAAAUUG